GAGGCAGCGCCCGCCGCCGCCGCAGGCUCCGCGCACCGCUCCCGGCGGCGCGGGGUCGGCUCCCCGCACCAGGAUUGCAUACUGCUGACCAACAUCACACACAAGAGAUAUUUAAGACGAUCCUUCCAGAAGCCCUGAUCAUGAAGGUAAAUGGAAGAUUUGGAGACUAACUUAGUCCAAACACGCAAAGCGAGUGGCCUAGAACAAAUGGUAGCAAAAUGGCUCCAUCGAUCUCGUAGUAGUGCAUCCAGGGGAAGAGCAUCUGUGACAGAUAUCUCUAGUGAUGGCAGUGGCCAACCUGCUAGCCGUGUCAAACUCACAGUUACAAUAUAUAAGGAUUUGGUCCACCAUCACUAUGGCUUUGAGAUUUGUCCAAACCGUCCUCUUAAAAUUGCAUCUGUCACCGCAGGGAGCACAGCUGAUGGAAAGUUGCUGCCAGGUGAUCAGAUCCUUCUGAUAAAUAAUGCAGCUGUGGAAGAUAUUUCUAUUGAAUGUGCAGCUGAUAUCAUCAGGGAGGCCGGAGAUGAGCUCCUCCUAACUGUUCUGCGCUGCACGUCGGGUGGGCCUAAGUCAUCGUUUCUCACUGCAGAGAAGAGGGCAAGGCUAAAAACAAACCCUGUGAAAGUUCGGUUCGCAGAGGAGGUGCUGGUGAAUGGACAUUCACAGGGGAAUUCUCUUCUUUGUAUGCCGAAUGUUCUCAAGGUGUACUUGGAAAACGGUCAGACGAAGGCUUUCAGGUUUGAGACGAGCACUACUGUGAAGGACAUUGUUCUCACUUUGAAGGAGAAGCUCUCCAUCCGGAGCAUAGCACACUUUGCCCUAGCCUUGGAGGAGCAGUAUAACAUUGCUAAGAUCUACCUGCUGCACGAUGAUGAGCUCAUCGAGCAGGUGGUACAAAAAAGAGAAUCCCAUGACUACCGGUGCCUCUUCAGAGUUUGCUUCAUCCCAAAGGAUCCCUUAGACCUCCUGCAGGAAGACCCAGUUGCCUUUGAGUAUCUUUAUCUGCAGAGCUGCAGUGAUGUGCUUCAGGAAAGGUUUGCUGUGGAAAUGAAAUGUAGUGUGGCGUUACGUCUGGCUGCUCUGCACAUACAGGAAAGGAUCUAUGCUUGUGCUCAGCCACAGAAAGUGUCCUUGAAAUACAUUGAGAAGGACUGGGGAAUUGAAAACUUCAUCUCACCCACUUUGCUCCGAAACAUGAGAGGCAAAGAUAUAAAGAAAGCUAUCAGCUACCACAUGAAGCGGAACCAGGUCCUGCUGGAUCCUCGGCAGAAGCAUAUGCUUGCAGCAGUCCAAGUGCGCCUGAGCUACCUACAGAUACUGGGAGACCUGAAGAUGUACAACGGGAAGAUCUUUAAUGCCACACUGAUGCUACAAGACAGAGAAUCAUACGUUGCCUUGCUGGUUGGGGCCAAGUACGGAGUGAGCCAAAUUAUCAAUAAUAAGCUCAACAUCAUAACAAGUCUGGCAGAGUUUGCAAACAUCAGCAGGCUGGAGCUUACAGAAGAGUCUGAGAAAGUGAGCAUGGUGAAAAUCUACUUGCAGGAUCUGAAGCUGCUGACUCUGCUGUUGGAAUCAAACAGCGCAAAAGAUCUUGUCUGCCUCAUCAGUGGCUAUUACAGGCUGUUCGUGGAUGCAAAUGUCUCCAUAUUUACUUGGGGGGAGAGUAAACAGCAACUGCACCGUAUGUCAGCUGAAGAAGGGUAUGAAUCUAGAACCUGCAGUGACUCUGAAGACUCCUGGGAGCUAGAUUCCUCCUCAGAGCAUUGCUUGGACCCUCCUGCACCAUAUGGCAGUGUCAACCCUGUGUGUAAGGAGGAGGAGCUGGAAGACCUCCACAGCCUGGAGCAGGACAGCAUAAAGCCCCAAGCUGGAGAACGUGAGCAAUGCAACAAGUCUGACAAUACAAUGGACAGCACAUCAGAAGCUUCAGAUUCAGCUAACACUGAGAGCCAAGGGUGUAAGACGAGUGGUUCAAGUGACUCUAUGGAUGCACUGGAGGAAGACGAGUUGGAAGCUUGCUCUUCUUCUAGGCCAGAGUUCUUCCAUUUCUACACACCAACAGUGCAAGAGAUGAACCACCCAGACAAGAGCUUCUUCCCCGUUGGUGCUGCAAGGUACCUCAGCAGGACAGAAGCCGGAGACUUCUAUUUCUUGCAAGUACCGCAAGCAGCAGAACCUGGAUCUGAGCACAGUCACUCUGAGCAGAGAAGAGAGGACAUGGGUGCUUCUGUACUGGAGAACAAGCUGUCUGAGAGAAAUGCCAUGGGCUAUUACAGCCUUUGUUACAGCAUAUCUCCUGCUGGCAGUGUGGAGAGGAACAUCAGUCAUAGCCCUAGAAGAAGUUCUUGGAAAGAUAUGUCUGCCCCACAGGGGGUACCCUGCAGAUCAGAUCAAAUGGCAGAGGUGAGCGAUCUCAUUCUCGACCCUCCCCCAGGCUUUGGAGACACUAGUUCUGAAGAUGAGUUCUAUGAUGCAGCAGACAGACUCAGCCCCCAAGGCGCUCUGGCAGCAGGCUGUAGCCUCGCAUCCUGGGACAGUAUAGAUGAUGUCUCCUGCAUCCUAAAGAAACCAAGAUGUUACAGCUCGGGGGAAAACCUGGUGUCAAGGCAGACAACAAAGGAGAAACACAGAAUAGAGAAGGAGCUGACUUAUGCUAAGAGCCUGAGGAAGAGGAGGUCGUUCCUGAAAACUGAUUACACCUCGCAGGUCACUUUCCCAUUGACUUUACCGGGCUCACAGCAGAGCUGUUGCAGUUCGUCACUCUACCCAUCAUUCCUCACUGAGCUUCCAGAUCAACCUUCCUCAGAGAACAUCAAGAUGGACACAGAAGUGGGAGUUCACAUUGAUACAAAGGCCCAGAGAGACACUACAGGCAAAAACUCAUCAGCUGACUUGAUGGAAAUGGAACCUGACACUAUGGAAACAAAAACAGUGACUAACGGGGUUUUUUCUUCCAUUUCAGCUGUUUGCCUGCAGGGUGACCAGAAUGGGCAAGAGAGCUCAGACGUUGCUGUAUGUGUGGACAAUGGCCUCAGUUCUGCAGGCCAUACACCUUUCCUGUUGGGAGAGGAAACUGGGCACCUUCCCAGGGAACAAAGCAGAAGCACUAAAAAAGAUCCCAGCAUUGAGUUAAAAACUGGGUGGCAACAUGAGGACACUUGUGAAACCAGUAGGGACCAGUCAGCCCAAGUAGUGCUGAAGGGGGCACCUGAGAUGAUGGAAGCCCAUUGCAAGGUCAACAAUGAAGCCAAAUUUCAGAGCAAAGAAAUGAGCUGCCCUUGUAAUGAAUGUACAGUUUCUCCUUUAGCCUAUGGCACCACCAUGACAUCUUCCUGUGAUGAGACCUUGGACUUCCCGCUCCCUGCAGCAGGGAAGGAAGCAGCAUGUGGAGAGCUUGUCCUGGCUUCCUGUGAAGAAAGUAAAGCUGAUUUUGACAACUGUGCUGAAAAACAGAGUGACAUAGGCUUGUCUCAGGUGAAAAACAGACCAGCGGUAAGUGAGGAAGCGUUUUGGAAAGCACACUCUAAAAAUCAUGUGUGCUUUCCAAAUGUAACCCAGUUGUUAACAAGUUGCAGUGGUAAUUCAGGGGUUAUAACUCACCUCUCCUGGCUCUCAUUUGGGGUCAGGGCAGACCUCACAUCACCCAGUCUAUCUAGGGAGAAGGUGGACAACCCACUGGAGCUUUUAGACUCUCAAGAGACAGUUCAUAUGACCAGUGGAUGCCUUGGGGCUGAUGUUGUCAGAAAAGAGAUGCAAACACACUCAGCUGGAUCAGCCUUUGAAAAAGAAUUGGUGAGCAACCAGGCAUCAGAUGGAGAGCCCAGAAAAGAUAAAGAAAAUGUGGAUUACAGACAGCCUCAGCCUAGUCAGGCUCUUAUUCCCAGAGAAGAAGCUACAGCACUUGAGAAAGACUGUCCCCUAAUUCCAUCUUUGGGGCUUCCCUUUCCCUCAGGCCCAGUUGCUUUGGGCUCUCUGGAGAAAAGAGUAGGAGAACACAGGGCUUCAAAUCACUCCUUCCUUUGCUUUAACUACAAAGAUGAGCAAACACCUCCCAGCCACAUCACAGACAGAUCUCUGGGUCUUUCCACCAUGAAGAAUACAUUUCCACCACAAUUUGGGAUGGACAAGUGUAACUGUCAGCUGUCCUAUGUCAGUUGCUUCCACAGGCCUGAAGAAGAGGAGGAACAUGAAAACACUAUCCCUAUGCACAGCAUGUCUUUGGAGCCCCUCACCACACCACCAUCCACUAUCCAUAGUCUUCCUGGCACGCCUGUGGACAGACACCCAGUUGCUACAGCUAGAGAUAGGGCAUGGCUGGAUCCACACAUCCAAGCCCUGACCAAAUUGAAGGACCAAGCACAGAUGAGCCCUGCAGAUUUCUCCUGCUUCUUAGCCUACAUAGCAGAACUUCAGGAGGUUGUGGGGAAGCUCUCUGGUAACCGAACAACCCAUCUACAAGACAGAUGUGCAGAACACAGCUCUGAGAGCAAGGGUGCACUUGGAUCAGCCUCCCGGGACCUGCUGUCCAAUUGCCAGGAGCUUCUGAAAACAGAACGACCCCUUAAUGAGCUGCAGGGUGCAUUGAGACUGACAUUUGAUGAUCUGGUUCAGUUGACAGUGGCCUGCUUCCAGGUAACACACUGUCAGCUCUGCAUACAGAGGCAGAGUGAACUUGUGUCCAUGCUUGCAGAUGUGGUGGGCACCUACCACCAGUUGGUACAGGUUGUUCAUCAACUGCUUUAUAGGCAGAAGUGCCAGGAUGUGGGUGCCAAGCUCCUUGCCCGCCAGCACACAGCCCUUACAGCUGCUGUGUUUUGUCUCAUGCAGCAGUUCAGGGUACCAUCCUCUUUGUGACAAGGCUUAUUGGUGGCAUACAGAUGUCCUGGUUGGGGAGAAGCCCAGCCGUAUUUCCUGCUUGCCUGUCACCAGGCUCUCCCACACAGGGUGUUUAGUCAUGCAUUGCAGAGAGUGAUCAUGGAAUGAUUUGUCCAUGCUCCACUGCUCACCUCCACUAAGAGCAGCCUAGUCCAAAUGUGGUCCUGGGGCAAGGCCUACCCCUACUCCAACCAAGCUUUUUAAAAUUCUACGAAGACAAUCCCAGUUCUAAUUUGCAAACUCAUAGAGUGUUUCAAUGGCUUGGGCUCAUGUAUCUUGUCUGGGGGCUUGUCCUUCACAUCCUGAAUACCUUUCAGGUAGCUAAUCUCAGGAUGUUGUCUUAGUCUCCUGACAUCUGUGGAGAAAGAUAGGAGCGCUUAGCAGCUGGCCUGUCCUUCCUCUGACUUCUUACUGACUAUCCAGGUACAUAGGAGACCAAGCAGACUCUUCAUGUAAGUGAGGUCACUCUCCACCAACCCAGAUCUGACACAAAAGGACCCAGACCUUUAUCCACCCUUAUCCACCAUCUGUGGUCAAGGAAAUGUCAGAAAUUGUAGCAAAAACAACUCUGGAAAGAAUUUAUUCUGUAUUUAACAGCUUCUCCUUGCAAGGCAAGAAAAAGAGGGUCAUCUCAGGCUAUAGAUGCCUUCUGCUGAUGCUUUAAAAAGUCCCAAAUUAAACCCCCACUUUCUGGCUAUCUAGGGAUCCCUGUCUUCCAAAAAAGGAGGAAGUGAUCCAUAACACUGAAGUGCUGCCAUCUGUUAAAGAACAGAUGAUCCUUUAUGCCUACAAGCCUAGCAGAAAGCAAGCCUUUUCCCAACCUUCUUAUUAAUAGCUCUUCUUCCCUAAUGUUGUGUAUCUCCAGUUAGAUGUGAACUGUUUGCCCUUAAAUGUCUUAUAGCUGUGCGUCUUUAGUGAAUCAGCAUGUCUUCCAGUGCUGGGAGGCACUUACCUCAGCUUUCUAGUGCUAGGAAGGGUACUUGACUUUUGGAGUUUACCUUACAGCCUUGUUUGGGAGCUGCUGCAGUUUUUUGAGGUAUGUAGGCAUAUCUCAAAAUUUGGCACAGCUAUCUGUUAGUCCAUGCAGCUGAAUGUAUGUGUUCAGGAUAAAGGAGUCUGCAUGAGGCAGCAGAGAGGCAAUUGGAGGACUUCCAGAUAAGGAUCAAGGAGACAGGCCUCUCUAAGAGAGGUGGCUAGCUCUGCCAACACACACUGCUCCUUCCCAAGCACCAGGAUAACACAUAGACAGUAUGUGUGCAUGGUUCCAUAAUAUCUGAAAGACUAGAAAAGAUAAAGACUUUUACCUUGUCUUUUAAUGCCUGUGGGGAAGAAAGCUUGAGUCCUUUCAAUUGAGCCCUAGCAGGGACAAGAGAGGCAGCUGGGAGGGAAGGGGCUGCUCUGAUGGAAGGUUGGAGUGCUGUGGCAGCUCUAAAGGACCUACCUAACCUGAAAGAAGCUAACAGGCAGGCAAGCAAAUAUCCACAGUGAUUCAGAAGUAGCAGGGGGUAGCAGCAUUACCCAAAACCCAUGGCAGUCACCAUUCUCACACAGUGUGCUCAGCAGGCACCAAGGUAGCUAACCAAAGGCAGUCUGCUGAUUACUGGUUGCAUAGGGACAGGGUUAAGAAGGUGUCUUCAGCUACUGGGGAGGCUAGCACUCUGCAAAUUGCUCAUCCCAAGCAGGAUUUCAGAGUUCAUCACUGCCAGCUGGUUUGGGUAAUUGUAUGCUGCUGCCUAGCAAACUCAGGAUCUGAAUUAGUAAUUUAAAGCCUCUUACAAUGAAGCCAACUUACAGACCUUGCUCUGUCAGUGGAACUGCUGUGACCCGUCUAACUACAAACCAAUAGCUGAUCAGCCAGAGGACACAGAAUAAGAACAGGGAUGUGGUAAAGCAACAGACAACUGCAACCAAUGGCCACAUAUACAAAUUCAGCCUUUGUGGGGGAACAACACUCAAUAUAUCCCCAAAUAGCUGUCAUUUUGUGUCUCAGUCUCAUCAGUAUUGAAUUCAAGCUGUUGUAAAAGGGUUUUAGUGCAAAGAUGAAGGAAGACAUGUAGGCAAAUGAGAAAGGAAUUUUCCUCAGAACACCUUGAAGCAUUUCUCAGUGGUGGUUAGAUACAGUCACUGACCUUAAUUUUUUUUGGCAGAAACAGCUGAGAAAAGGUAUCUAGUUAAAUGCAGAACAAACAUCUAAAUGCUUCCUGAUUUGGUCCUAAAGUAUGUCACCGCUCUUCAAGCACAGCAUAGUCAAAUCCCAGAUGUUUUCCUUUCAAGGAGGAACAUGAGGCCUAGUGAAUUUCUCAAGGCACUAUACAUUGAUAAUUAUGAGGAUACAGAUGGAGUUCUUGAAGAGUAAACACUUUAUUGUAGAUAAUUAGCAGAAUGCACAGAAUUAGCUUUGGCAUUCAGCUGCUCACAAAGUCUUUAAUUCAGCUGGUUUAAGGAAGACGGGACGUAGUACUUCUGGAAACUGUUACCUCAUUAGUCUGGGAAUCAAUUCCCAUCCUAUGUUCCCCAAUCAGAACAGCACUGCUCUUUUUGAUGGGAAAGAUGAUUUCCCUUACUAGUGUAUGCUGUACUGUCACUCUUCUAGUAUCACACUACUUCCUUUCAAUCACAAAAGGAAUGGUUUAAGCUUUUCUCUCUGUCCCAGAACAAGUGUAAAUGUAAAAGACACUAACAAAUUUUAUCUGCAAGAAAAGCAAAACUGAAUUCCCAUCAGUGUUUACCUGAUUCCAGGGCUCAAAUAGCUUUGGUUUUGAGUUUCAGGUAAAGAGUAAUUUCCAGGAAUACCCUGCUGAGGUAUAAUUUAUUACUCUUGACAAGCUCCUUAUCCCAGAUUUAAGCUGAGUUGUGUUUUCUGUCUACACAUUCAUGGCAGUGUCUCUGCUUGAAAUUUGGAGUUUGCUUCCCUUGUCUGUCACAGUUCCUUAAUAUCAGAAAAUAAAGAGUUUUCUUGUG